AUGCUUCGCAUCUGUUGCUGCCGGACGGUCUGCGAAUCGUGCCAGGACAAGAUCGGCACCGGCGCGUGUCCCCUCUGUCGUUUACCGUGCCCAAAAAACGAGGCGGAAGACCUCGCGCGUCUGCGCCGGCAUGUGGAGAACGAAGUGCCUGAAGCGAUUACGCAUUUGGGAGACUCGUACCAGGAAGGUUGGUACGGCCUCGUGAAAUCCGAUAAGAAAGCCGCGAAAAUUUGGAAGCGCGCCGUGGAGCUCGGAGACGUGGAGGCGAUGGUAUCUCUUGGGGAAUUGCACCAGCGUGGAAGUGCCGUCAAGCUGGACAAAGAGAAGGCGGAGCGGCUGUUUCGCAUGGCCGCAGACCGGGGCGACGCGUGCGCGCAAUCAAGUUUAGGGCUUUUACUUCACUCUGAGGAGAAACAUGAAGAAGCAUUCCGGUACGUCGCGCUCGCGGCGGAUCAAGGCAGAACCUCUGCAGAGUCCAACCUUGGCGUUUGUUACAGGGACGGAGAAGGCACGGAAGUCGACCUCGGCAAAGCCAGAUACUGGUUCGAGCGCGCCGCUGCCAAGGGCUCCGAGCAAGCGACAAAGAACCUCGCGCGCCUCGACGCGCAAAAAGCCGCGAAGAUUUAUCGGCGCGCCGUGGAGCUCGGCGACGUGGAUGCGAUGAUAUUUCUUGGGGAAUUUUACGAGCAUGGAAGUGGCGUCAAGCUGGACAAGAAGAAGGCGGAGCGGCUGUAUCGCGCGGCCGCAGAUCGGGGCGACGCGGCCGCGCAAAACAAUUCAGGGAUUUUACUUUACCAUGAGAAGAAAUUUGAAGAAGCGUUCCGGUACGUCGCGCUCGCGGCGGAUCAAGGUUUAACCGCCGGAGAGAAUAGCCUUGGCGUUGCGUACCAUCAGGGGUUGUUUGGCCUCGUGACAUCCGAUAAGAAAGCCGCGAAAAUCUGGAAGCGCGCCGUGGAGCUCGGAAGCGUGGAGGCGAUGACCAAACUUGGGGAAUUGUACGAGAAUGGAAGUGGCGUCAAGCUGGACAAGAAGAAGGCGGAGCGGCUGUAUCGCAUGGCCGCCGACCGGGGCGACGCCCCUGGAGAGAACAACCUUGGCUGCUGUUACCAGCACGGAGAAGGCACGGAAGUCGACCUCGGAAAAGCCAGAUACUGGCUCGAGCGCGCCGCUGCCAAGGGCCACGAAAGAGCUAUAGAGAACCUCGCCGACCUCGACGCGCAAGUAUACUAG